GUGGAUGGUAGAUUUAGGCUGGGAGAUGUUUUAGGAUCUGGCUCAUAUGCUGUCGUAUAUUCUGCACGGAACAUCAUCAAUGAUGAUCAUGUUGCUCUCAAACUUGAAACUAUUGUCGACCACUCAUCUUCUGUAGAGCAUGAAUACCACAUUUUGAAACAACUUGAAGGCAGAGUUGGCAUCCCCCGCACCCUCUGGUUCGGUAGAGAGUCAGCAUAUCAUGUUCUGGUUCUUGAACUUCUUGGGCCAUCACUCCACCAGCUUUUCCUCGCAAACAAUCGAAGAUUCAGCCUUCUCAAUGUCGUGAAUCUAGGAGACCAGUUGGUCAGUCGUUUGCUCUCAUGUCUCGAGUACAUCCAUUCACACAAUUAUAUUCACGGUGACAUCAAACCGCAGAACGUCUUGGUGGGUCUUGGAAGUUUGAGGCACACCACCUUUAUCAUUGAUUUUGGUAUCACGAAGACAUACUGGAACACUACAAUGAGUGACCAUAUACCAUUUCGCCAUGGUCAAAGUCUCUCUGGCACUCCUGGAUUCGCCUCAAUCAACAAUCACUUAGGAGUUGAACCAGGUCGUCGUGAUGAUCUUGAGUCACUUACCUAUAUGUUAAUAUAUUUCUUACGCGGUUCCCUUCCAUGGUUAACCAGUGACGAUGAGAAGUUGUCCAGCUCUACGAUACUCGAACGCAAAGCAUGUGCUACCAUUGCAGAUAUAUGUCUUGACAUCCCCAUUGAGUUCACGACCAUUCGUAUUUACACACGCUCUCUCGCAUUCGCAGAAGAUCCUGACUAUGAUCACCUUUGUUCAUUACUUCACGGUCUUCGUGUCACAUUGCCUGCACCAGCUAUGUGCAAGAUGGAUUUUAGCCUGCCUGAUGAUCCUGCUAUACACCCCCCUCCAUUAUCUGACCAGUGUUGUGUGGCCAAAGCAAUGUCGACAUGUCCUCCAAAGGCAAUGGACAGAUCGACUCGUGUGUGA